ACCAACCUCAGGGAAUCUCUCUCCCGUUGCAACUCUCUUGUAAUACCUAUCCCCUCCCCACCUAUCUUCUUUUCUCUCCAUCUUCGAUCCGCCUCCCCCUCUCUCCCUAUUUAUUCCAGAACCCUCUCCCCAUCCCCCUCUCUGAUGAAGGGUCUAGGCCUGAAACGUCAGCUUUUGUGCUGCUGGGCCUGCUGUGUUCAUCCAGCCUCACACUUUAUUAUCUUGGUGGAGAAGCGGUUGAGUGGUCCCGGCGUGCAGCGGGAUUUGACUGUCCAUUGAAGAUGGAGAGCACAUAUGAAGUUAUCCUAAACACUCAAUUGAAGCAGAAAGACCCAAAAGAAGCCGUUUCAAUUGCUAUCUCAGCCCGGGCUCUCUUUGAUAUGGAAGAAGAGCAUGAGUUGUUCUUGACAGAAGGAGAAGAAGAGUUUUUGAACCAUCAGAUCACCAAUGAAAACAUACCACUAAAGGAGGGCGUUGUUUCCCCAUUCGUCAAGGCAAUCCAAAUGGUAAAUAACAAGUUAUUGGCAAGAAAUCCUGAUGAAAAGCAACUCUUUGAAAUUAUUCUUCUGUCAACUCACAGUGCUGAAGGUGGGGUGAGGAUCAUUAAUAGUGUUAAUCAUUAUGAUUUCGAGAUUAGCAAGUUUUGCUUUCUAGAUGGAAAAGAUCCUGUAAAGUUCCUACAUGCAGAAGAUGUAAAGCUGUUCCUUUCAGCAUGUGAAACUUCUGUUUGCAAUGCACUGAAGAAAGACAUUCCUGCUGCCCUCGUAAUACAACAAAUGAAUCAGAUAACAGAAAGUCAACUGAAGGUGGCAUUUGAUGGGGAUUCAGUAUUGUUCUCAGAUGAGACUGAUAUUGUAUUCAAAGAGAAAGGUCUGAAUGAAGUUAUCAAAUACGAGAAGGACAUGGAGCAUGUUCCUAUUGGAGAGGGCCCAAUGAAGGAGUUUGCCAUGAUUCUUGGAGAGAUGAAAAAGAAGUUUAGUCCAGAGAAUGAUCCGAUUUGCACAUACCUGGUGACGGCGAGAAGUGGCAACAAGCUGGGUAUCCGAGCCAUUAAAACUCUGCGUAGCUGGGGUCUCAAGAUAGACGAAGCUUUCUUUAUGGCAGGGAGUCCUAAAGGCCCACUUUUAGCUCACAUCCAACCUCACAUUUUCUUCGAUGAUAAUGCACGUAAUAUCAAAGGAGCACGUGAAUAUGGAAUCCCAGCAGCCUUUGUACCAUUUGGCUGUGAAUAGUUGAAUAUGACACUUUCCUUUUCAUUAGGCAGUGGUGGAGAUGUGGGCUAGCAUCAUAGGGUAGUUGUUUUGAUUGCUCGAUGUAAAGGCAGAGCCUUGCUAGCUAGCCUUGUCGCAGCCUGCAACUUUUUAUUCAUUAAAACCAUGAGCUGUAUAUGCACAAAUUGCUAAUAUGCACUUCCAACAGAUGAGGGUCAUCAGAAAAGGCGCACAUUUGAAGAAUUUAUCCCAGUGUAUUAAAGCCUUCCAUCCCAUUACAAAUUAAUUUUACUUGCUGAAGAGCACUUGUAAAAUGUUAUGAGUUUUUCUUCACACUUUGUUCCAUUCCCAGCAUUUGCAGCUUCCACGUUGUGAUUACAUAAUUGUUAAAAAUGUAUUUUUGAAAUCAAAUCAAAAGCGUUGUCAUCAGAAUGCCACUGUCCUCAUGAGUAGAAUUAAACUCAGAAAUUUUAACAUUGAAGAUUAUGAUUUUCAACAUGCUUUAUGAACUUUUUUAUUAGAACUUAAGGCCUUUUUUACCAUUUAGAUUUCCUGGAAUUCCAUUAGUUUGUUUCAAGUUUUCCUAAAUUUAGGCAGCUGUGUAGAAUUGUACCAAAGUGAAUAGAAAGAGACCAUAACUCCCUGGACUGGAGCUUUAUCAAAUUCUUGAUUGUCUGGCUAAAUUGUUGUUUGUAAUUCUGGCAUUUUUGGGAGAUAUUUUAAAUGAUAGCCCAUUAAAAAUUUAGUCCAAUUUCAAGGGCACUUUAACUUCACAGAUUAGGGCAUAACAUCAGUUAAAGUUGAGCAGCUGUUUUUGAGCUUUGAUCCCAAACUUCAAAGUGUUUUAAUGCUGGGUGGUUGCAUGCUUCAUUAUAAUAUGUUAAUCAGGGUCCUAUCCUUAAGAUAGGAAUAAGAGGUGAUUUUAAUAGUUCUCUGGCCAGACCAAUGAAAUCUAUCUAAUGCUCAGUGAAGGCCUUAAAAAAGGAAGUAAGGUAUUUUUCUUUGUGGGGCCAAGAUAAGCAGCAAUCUUCCUAAAUCCCUUUUGCCAAUGUUACAGGAAAGCAACCGGCCAACAAAAUCUUAAAUUCUUCCAGGCCUUCCAUCAAACAUGUUACUCGUCUAAUUCUGAUUUUUCACAGGGAGUUAAAGGCCAUACACUUCUGUGCAGAUAUUAUCAGUAAGCCAGCACAAAGGGAAGAGAUCCCACUGCUUGAAAUGUGCUCCAAUAUGGAGUUUUUUUAAAAAGCACAGAGUAACCUUUGCUUAUACAAUGAACAGUUCCUCCUCAGUGAAUUCCUGUAUAAUCUCCAAUUUACCAAUAAAUAUUAAAGCUGGAGAACCUGGUGAGCAGUACCACAUGUGAAACUCUGUCAAUUUUAGCUAUGCUAGCACAAAGGUUGAAUAGUGUUUGAAUACAGGAAGGAACCCAGGCUUUGGUUUACAUCAUCCCACUGUGUGAGAUUCACUGUUGCACUGCUGGAUUACAGGGUGCACAGGGCCCUGCAAUGGAGAACAUUUUAAAAAGUUAACUGUAUUAGGCUGAAAAAAUACGUGCAACAGUCAUAAUUGGUCCUUUACGAGCUCUAAUUGCUUCUGUAUCAAUCGUGUUAGUAUAGUUUGAUAUGUCACAAUUUUGAAGCUGAAAGGAGUUCUUUCAGAUUUCUGUUGUAUUCAAUUUAUGUUGAUGAUGCUGACAACCUGUGUGUAAUUUUGAAAGGAGUGUUACUAAUACUUCUUAGCAAUAUAAUGCAUUUGUGAUCUCAGAGAUGUAUGGAGUACAAAUUGGUUUGGCAGUAGAAACUGGAGUGAAGUUGUUACAUCUAGGAAAUGAGCCAUGGCUAGAGUCCAAAUACGUACAAAACACUCAUCCCACAGGUUACUUGCACUUCAACAGCUUAUAUCUGUACAGCAAGCUAGAAGAAACAUGCAGCUUACCCUGCUAUGAACAGGUUCCGUAUAGGCUUUGUGAAAAUAUGUAUCGGAGUAUGAAAUGAACCUUAUCCUGUAACUUCAUCUGUUGUGGAUCUUUUUGCAGUUUAUAUCCUCCUUUUAUAUAUUUACAGAUUAUUGUUCUCCCCCUCCCAUGAUAGUUCGUGAGUUUGUGCUCUAGGGGAUGAAACUGAAUAGGUAGAGCAAGUGUUAUACUUGAUUCUGUUCUGUGUUGAAUUACGUGAUCUAAACUGGGAGAGGAAUGGAGAUGCUAUAGUUUGCCAGAAUACAUCUGGAUUAAGGAGGAAGACAUUGGCUUGUGCUUUGCCCAAUCACUAUCUGGUGACCCUUCCAAAGAGUGCAUUGGCAUUAGUUGUCAAGUGAAGAUGAUCUGAGUCCUUGUAGUAUAUCUGUGCCCUUGAUGAACAGCUUAGCAUUUACUGGUAGGUUUGCAUAUGGAGGAUCGUUUGUUUCAGACGUCAGAAGAUUAUUAUCAGUGCAAUCAGCACAAGGAAAGCAAAAUGUUAAGGCCAGAGAAGGGAGUAGUGAAUGUCAUAAAUGGCAGUAUUUCAUUAUUGUAAAAACUGUGCUGUCAACGAGGAACUGAACUAUCAGAGCACAUUUGAAAAUGCAAUUGAAUAUUACAAAAUUCCGAGUUGAAGCUUCAGUGAAUUCUUAACAAUGCCAUCACACAUAUUCCCUGCUGAAUGAUUUCAACUAUUUCGUGUUAGAGAGAAAACUAGUAAACUGAGAUUGAUAAAUUAUUUUAAUAUAAAACCAAAGAGUUUUUUUUGGAUUUUCUUUAGUUGUAAAGGUUUUUCAGUACGUACAGAGAGCUUAAAACUCAACACUCUAGACUCCUGUUUACAUGUUGGAAUAUUGCAAGUUCAUAUCUUGAGAGGCUUUUUGUUAUUGCUUCUGCAAGUUAAUGCCAUUGAUCUUAGAAUCCUGAGUUCAAAUGGCAGAAGGAAGGACAGUCGCACAAUAAAAAGGCACCUCCUGUUGUUCAGAAUUGAGAAAGAUUAUGUUGUUACAAAUAGAUAAGGAUGGAUGAUUAUCUCACUUUUUUUUAGCAUGUAGCUGUUACAUUUCAAUUGAACUUAGUUAGGAGAGCCAACUCCAUGGUUUUCCGAAGCGAAAGAGAGUGGAGCUUAAUAUCCAUUAAACCUAAAGAAAUAGGAAAAUGCAACAUUAAACACACAAAUGCGGGUAUAGAUUUAAAAAAUGUGAGAGGGAGGUGUCUGUGCACACAGAAGGGUAAAGGCAGUUGCAAUUAAGUGUUUAAUUUCCUUGAGCUGAGAGUGAAACCUAAGACUCAGCUGCUUAGCUGUUGUCUUGUUUUCUUGUGACUGACAAAGCUUGCAGAUUUGCUUGCUUAGUGAAUAGUGAUAUUUCUAAGUUGCUUUUCAUCAGCCCUAAUUUCUGAGGUUGAGAGAGAGAGCAUCUUUUAAUAUCCUUGCUGUUAUCAGUUCACCUUGCUUUCCUUCUGUUUUGUUGCCCAAAGGCUGUUGUUGAUAUACAUGCUCUUUUGCAGAUUUGGAUUUCUGUGUCACUGUUACGUUAGAUAACUUGUAGGCAGCUUUGCAUCUCUCCAGUAAUGCCACCGUGGCUGAUCUUAUGUGAGUUGCCUAGGUUUGUCAGGUGAUCAAAGCAGCCAAUUAAAUGUGUAAUCUUUUACAACCAUUUUAGUCUAUGAGAGUCUCAGGUAUUAAAAGUUAAAUAGUGAAAGUUGAAUGUUGAUAAUCCAUUUCCACUGUUAUUGACAAUUUCCACAAGCCAUAACAUACCAUUUCAACUUCUGGCUUAAAAGUGAUGGAGUGACAGGAUGGAAAAUGAUUAAUUACAUUUCCAUUUUCCUAUUGUUGUAACUUCCUGUCUCCAGGUGUUAAGCCUGAGCAUUCUGGUUGCUCUCAGGCCUCACUGUAAUUUUAAAAUUAUAACUUGUUCAAAGGUAUCACUAAUGAACAUUUUAAGUUUAAAUGUUAUAAAAAUACAGACUGUAGCAUUGCUUAUUGUUUGAUGUCUAAAAGAUGUGAUAUGAAUCUUGCAAUAGCUGAAACACUGUUACAAAACUGUCGUACAAUAGACUAGAUGAUGUAAGAUCAAAGCCAAAAUGCGAACUCAUCCAGACAAUCUAGAUUUAGUUCAACAAAAGAAUUGAGCACUUAUUUCUACGGUCACAAGGGCUGAAUAUUUAAUAAGGUUGUUGUACUGUACCUAUCAGUAUUCAUAAAUUUUCAUCUUGUAGGAAGAUAAAUAGUGUAAAUAUGGAGAAUGGAGUUCUUGUAGGAUAGUACACAGUGUAUAUUUAGGGAAUAGCAUUCCAUAGGAAAAUAACAUUUUAAAUAUCUAACAUAUAGAGUAAUGGCAUAUUCUAUGAGAAUGACAGGGUAAUUUUAAUCGGUAUCCUAGAUGUUCCAUUGUUUCAUGGAAUGAACUUGGGGUGUUUAGCUGGAUAUUUGUGCACUCCUUGUAUUUCUGCCCCUUUAUGAGUGUGAUUGUUCUUCUAUUGAGAAAGCAUGCGAUUCUCCACUCUGUACUGGUGUUAACUGGGAGAGACAUCUUUUCAAAAGCCGAGACCCUGACAGAUAACCCAAGUGCUCUGCGUGCUAAGUUGGCCUCACUAAGAACGUCUUUAAGAACAAUUGAUACAAGAGGGAUGGAUUUUCGUUUGGAUUUCGUACCAGGCAUAAAAUAUUUAAUCAGAAAAUCUUUUAAAUCCUUGUAGUUCCUGGCCAAAACAGUAUGUUAACCCUGUCAUGACAUUUGUGACAUUCCAUCACUUCAGGUGAGUGGUCACUUUUUUAGUGCUACCAGGAACAUAUGCAACCACACUUUAAUGACUCCACCUCCAGCAUUUGGGUCGGUUGAUAGUGGGAUUAAAAACAGUGAAUGAAGCUGUGGCUGAUGCAGUCCUGCACUGUCAGAAUUCAUACUGUUGUGUAUUUAUAAUGAAGAUUAACAUGCUGUCUAUGCACGUUGUAUGAGCACAUUCCAAGCUAUAUUUUGUCUCUCUCAUGAAAAGAACAGGUAAAAGAUGGGAAUUGUGUUUUUUAGUAUCUAACAGGGCUUUCAUCAUUUUAAAUAUUGUACAUUGACACAUGUUCUCUCAACCAAAGUUACUGGGAUUUAUGUUUCAGUUUUUUGCAGUAAGAGUUCUGACAAACACUUUCCCAAAGAUUGGGUUCCAUGCAAAAUGUAAUUGUAUUCAAUCAAAUUAUGCAAUACUAUUCAAUGCAGAUGUCAUCAUUAACUAAUCAUGUAAACUGUAUAAUUCCUCAUUUUGAAAUGUUGUCUUUGCAAUUAUACAUACAAAGCUGGAGGUAACCAAAAUAAGGUGGUUUCAAAUUAUUUCUCCUUGAUUUGAGAAUACUUUAGUUAUACUGCAAUUUAUCAUACAUUGGCUUUAUUGUUGGUUUAUGUGUAAUAGUUAGGAAAUGGCUAAGGGAGUAGAUUGCUAUUUAUUCUGUAUUGUACAUAACAAUGAGUUGAUGCACACUGUCAAUGUUUACAA